AUUAUAAGAACAUUUUAUUAUGACAACUUCAGACUUUGGAAACCCUCUUAGAAAAUUUAAACUGGUAUUUCUUGGAGAACAAAGUGUUGGAAAAACUUCUUUGAUCACAAGAUUUAUGUAUGAUAGUUUUGAUAAUACCUAUCAAGCUACUAUUGGAAUAGACUUCUUGUCAAAAACUAUGUAUUUAGAAGAUAGAACAGUUCGAUUACAAUUGUGGGAUACUGCUGGUCAAGAAAGGUUUCGCAGUUUGAUACCAAGUUAUAUUCGUGAUUCAUCAGUUGCAGUUGUUGUUUAUGAUAUAACAAAUGUAAAUUCAUUUCAACAAACAAGUAAAUGGAUAGAUGAUGUUAGAGUUGAAAGAGGUAGUGAUGUCAUUAUUAUGUUAGUUGGUAACAAGACAGAUUUAGCUGAGAAAAGGCAAGUUGCCACUGAAAGCGGGGAAGCAAAAGCCAAAGAAUUAAAUGUCAUGUUUAUCGAAACAAGCGCAAAAGCAGGUCACAAUGUAAAACAGCUGUUUCGAAAAGUCGCGUCAGCUUUGCCAGGCAUGGAGAACACACCAGAUAAAAAAGAAGAUUUAAUAGAGGUUACACUAAAAGAUAAUCCUCAAGAUCAGAACAACCAGGAAGGACGUGGGUGUCCUUGCUAGUGUAAACAUGUAUUUUGAAUUCUAAAAGGCUUUGAGUUUCAAACGACAUUCUAUAUAUGACAUGUGCAAUAAUAUCGUUCAAGAAAAAGUAUUAAUACUUAAGUUCUUUUCCGGUCUAAGUAUGGGUUUCUUUCUUGAAUUGUGCGGGAAAAGUUUUUUAUUGAAUUGCGCAUGCGUAGUUCUGUUUUCUGAUUUUCUCCUUUAUUAUUUGAAAUGUUUUUCAGUUGUUUUGUAAUUGUUUUUAAAAAUUAUUUAUUGUGGUUUAUUUAAAGUUAUUAAAGUAUUCUUUUUAUUGUCUUUUUCUCAAUGGAUUUUUUUUGUAGUUUUUUUCAUGGUUUUUUAAUUCUUUUUGAAUUGCCAUGAUAACAUGUUUAAAAUUUUUGUUACAUGAACCUUUCUGUAACAUAUUUAUAUGAAAUAUAAAACAAAGAUUUUGUGAUUAAAUUAUUUUGUAUUAUAGUCGAAAAUACCUUUUUCGGUAGGGAUGAGAUACUAAAAUCAAAAAAAAAAAUCAGUAAUAA